AUGGCCGAGAAGAUCUGGAACAAUCCCCUCUUCAUAAUGCGAGGCAGCCGGUCAUUCUCAGCCUGGGACGCCAUACUACGGGGCCACAUGCAGUCAGCCUCGCUAGCCGUGCUGGAGCAAAUAACAGGCGAAGCGCGACGGCCACGAAGACCGUACGGCAGGAACAUCUUCCACCAGGACGGGCGGCACACGGUGGAGCCGCCUCCCAUCGCCAAGCGCAUGCGGUACGUGCUCUGGCACGUCAAGGACGAGCAGGCCAAGCGCGUGCUCCUGCGCUCCGUGGCGCGCGACCUCCUCCCCUGCAUUGUGGACAAGCGCUCGGCGAAGCAGAUGUACGGCGAGCUGGUGCGCAGGUUUGGCGGUAGCAAACAGCUGUCUCGUUGCUUGUCGUUGGAAUUUUAUACGUGGCUCGAUAUCAUGUACGAUCGCUUCUCGACUAAGAACGUCGAUAACACGAUUGGGCUUUGGUGGAACGGCAUCAUGGAAUGUCAGGACGAGGGGCUGUGUAUCCCCGAGCCCGUCCAGGUCGCGAUGUUCAUUCGCAUGUUUGCGAGACAUGCGCCGGAGUGGGCACAGAUGAUGCGCCAGGAUAAUGUCGGCUGGGAGGGCGUGUCUCUUAAGGCGCUGCUGGGAGAUGCGAAUAUAACUACUUUGAGGAAGGAGAUUGAGAAGACCGAGAUUGCGAUGGGGCUGGUGGAGAGGAGCUUGCUGGCGGCUGAGCUGGAGACGGAGGCCCCGGAGAGGGAGAUGGCUGAGAUAAGGGUGUAUGAUGAGGAGGCGCCUGAGGGGGAGAGGCCUGAGAGAGGUACAGGUGACUGUGAGGGAGGUGCCGGAGAGUGA